CUGGGAGUGGUAGUGUUUUCGGUUACUCGGCUGCGAUUGUGCGUUUAACGGUGUUAUCUUCCGCUGUUAUCCAACCACGAUGAAUACGGAAGCAACUCGAUGCGCCCUGUGUGGAGUUCCGUCCAACCUGAAGUGCGCCGGCUGCAAACUGGUGGCUUAUUGCGGCCCGGUGCAUCAGAAGAAACACUGGCGGAUGCAGCACAAGAACGAGUGCGCUAAGCCGUACGAGAUCGUGCAACACUCCGAGAACGCCAAGCUUGCCCGCAACGAAGAAGUGGGUCGCUUCUUCCUGGCGACGGAGAACAUCCCUAAGGGUACCAUGCUCUUCUCGGAAGCUCCGCUGGUUAUCGGUCCCAAGUGGAAUCUGAACGAAUACGAGCAACGUUCGUCCAUUGUUCCGUGCGUAGGUUGCUUCGCCGACUGUCAAAUUGGACUACAUCGAUGUGAAACUUGUCACUGGCCCGUUUGUAAACCGGAUUGUCCCGGUCUGUCGAAUGCGAACCUGCACGCGCUGGAAUGCGGCUUACUGCGACUUGGUGGAGGACCGAAACCACGCGAUGAUCCUGAAGCAAUUCUGGACUACUACCGGUACGAUUCACUGCUGGUGCUGAAAUGCCUUGCACUACAGGUAAUCGAUCGCAAUCGAUUCGAUCAGAUGAUGCAGCUGGAGAGUCACUACGCAGCUCGGAAAGGAACCCAGUUCUAUCAGGAAGCGGAUAAACGUAUCGUACAAUAUUUGCUGAAAAAUUUCCUCAAUCCACUGAAAGCCUUAGAAGAGAAAGAGGGUAAAACGGUGCUACCAGUGUGUGAUGAAAAAACUUUGCACAAAAUAAGCGGCAUUUUGGAGGUGAACGCGAUGGUGAUCCCACUGACCAACGGACGCGAGAUUUGCGGUCUUUAUCCGAUCGGUUGUAUGCUGGAGCAUUGCUGCAUGCCAAAUUGUCACUACACUUUCAACUGUGACAAAGGAAUGAAGCUUACCUUCAAAACCGGCAGAGAUAUUGAGAAAAAUGAACACCUAACAACAACUUACACUCAUUCGUUGUGGGGGACUCAAAAACGACGCGAGCAUCUGAGAACCAAUAAAUACUUCACCUGCACUUGCUACCGCUGUGCCGAUCCUACCGAACUUGGAACCUAUCUGAGUGCUCUCAAGUGCAUGGGUAUAGAUGGAAACAUCUGCUGUGGUUUUCAGUUGCCAGUAGACGCAUUGGAUGAUAACAGCGAUUGGAAGUGCAACGAGUGCGCGAUUCAGAUCCAGGCGGAUCAGGUUAAUUUUUUGCUGUCGAAAAUAGGCGAAGAGGUCGAUAGCGCUAUGGAGCAAAAAGCGUCCGUCAGACAGAUGCGGGAUCUAAUUAGUAAACUCUUAACGUUCCUGCACCCUAACCAUUACUUCCUGCUGACGUUAAAGCAUUCACUGAUCCAAAUGUACGGACACAUGACCGGCUUUCUAACCCACCAAUUGUUGGACAGAGUUCUAGUCGAAAAGAUCACUAUGUGUAGGGACAUGAUGAAGGUUAUCGAUAUUCUCGAUCCGGACUCGUUCCGGUUGAGUCUCUACGCGGCGUCAAUAUUUUACGAACAGCAAUCGGCUCUGAUGGAGAUGAGCGCCAGAGCACUGCAAACGGGCAGUCUACCGACGGACUCCUCGGUACAGCAGAACUAUAACGAAGCCCUGCACUGUCUGAUGCGUGGCAAGCAGGUUCUGGAGAAUGAAAUGGGCACCCAGCAGGGCAAGAAGCUGCUGGAGCAGAUCUUGAAAGCGACCGAACGGGUCGAAAGGAUUAUGCGGUUUUAGCUUGUUGUUUGAUGUUAUUGACAGAAUAAAAUAUUUGUUUGAUU